CGGGGAGAGAAGACUGGCGCAGGACACUAUGGGUCGGGUGUCAGAAGCGACGAGUAGGGUCGUGAGGUCAGUCAGGAGCGAGGAGAGUUUUACUACUGCAGUACGACAGGAAGCGGGAGACGAUGCAAGAGGGAGAAAAAGAAGCGGCGCUGAUAGGCUUCGAGAUACAUUUGGUUGCCGACCCGAAACAUUUACCCCAGAGUUUCCUGCGAGGACAGUUGAGAAUGAGGCUCAACCUCCCGAUGUGGCUACCGUGCCGAAGAAGUUCGGUAUGGCGUAUCUCGCCAGGAAAAUGCGAAAUCCUCAGACAAUUUGGAAGAGGUCAAAGGAACAGUUAAUACAAGGGCGGGAAGAAGUUCAAGACGCAGGAAUAGCAGCAGAGGAAGAAACUAGAGAGCAUGACACUAGGACCCAGACCCAGACCAGAGACCAAGCGUUCGAGACGACUAUCCCAGAACCCAGAAACGAAGACACCACAAACGAAAACAAUCAAACCACAAACGCUCAACCAGUUCAUAUCCCAAACAAACCACAGCAUACGCCAGAACCCACCCCUCCAGCAUCUCCAAUCACACCACCUCCACCAACCAUCACAACCCCCCACACACCAUCCGCGCCCCAAACCCCAAACCUACUAUCAAUCCCCAAAACGCGAUCAUCCUCACAACCCCCACACCAACCAUCCCCACACCAACGCCGCUCCGCCUCCUCAGGCUCCCCCUCAAGCCUCAGCGACCGCCUCCGCGCCACCCGCCUCGAAGACCUACGUCUCCGCUCCGAAACAGCCCAGGAAAUCCGGAAUUUGAUGUUGGAUAUUGAUCGGGAUAGGCGACAGAGCGGUACUUUCACUUCUACCACCCCCACCACUCUAAGCACUGCUGCCGCUGCUGCUGCUACUGGCACUACGGCACCUGUUGUUGUACCGCGACCGGUAGGUGGUGGAAGUCAAAGUGUGGCAACGACGCCUGAAUUACCUGGUGGAUUUACAGUGGCGGAUUCGCCAGGGAGUGGGGUUAGAGGGGCGUUGGAGAGGCAUUUUCGAGUGAGGAGGGAGAGUCAUGAUGGUGAUGGUGGUGAGGGUGCGAAGAAUUCGCUGCGCUCGCAGUCGAGUAAUGCGACGUUGCCGAGGAGUUAUCGGGCGCCGGAGAUACAUGAGUGAGGAGGUGGGAUUGUGCAUUUCAUUCUGUGAAGGAGGAGGAGAAGGAAAGUCCGGAUACAUUGCAGAUUGAUGGUCUGGUGGUUAUCCUGCUUUCCAUAUAUCAGCAACGAACACAACGAUACAGACAGCAUCGUUGACGAACGUUGUGAGAAGAGCACAUGACAACACUCGGUUAUUUCGGCGUAAAGAGGAGGCAACGGAUCAGAAACAAGUAGAAGAGGACUGUGGGCGCAAGCCUUUGGGAAUAUCUUUUAUUACAGAUAAUUUUGUAAUGUAAUGAAGCGAUGAACAUAACUUAGUCAUGUCCUGAACGGAGCUGAAGACAAAUACCAGAAUUGAAGC